CAGAAGGCAGGAAAAACAUGAAGUCUCUCACUGCUGUUUAAAAUUAGAUUCACUUUAUUCAUUCUUCAUUUAUAUAAUUUAAUUCAUUUCAAAACAAAACAGUAUUUUAUUUGGCACCCACCAGAGUAAAAAUGAGGGGAAAUCGUAUUGAGGACUUCCCAGAUGACUUCUGGAUCCCUAUCCCUCUGGAUACCAACAAUAUCACAAGCCUCAGCCCGUACUUGGUCCCACAGGACCAUUUAGGAAACAAGGCACUUUUUUAUUCCCUGUCAUUCUUCAUGUUCUUCUUGUUUGUGGCUGGAACUGCCAUCAACAUCCUCACUAUAGCAUGUACUGCUCAAUACAAGAAGCUGCGCUCUCACCUGAACUACAUCCUGGUCAACAUGGCUAUAGCAAAUCUCGUUGUUUCUUCCGCUGGCUCUUUCACCUGCUUCUACUGUUUUGCCUUCAGAUAUAUGGCUCUUGGCCCACUGGGGUGCAAGAUUGAAGGGUUUACUGCAACUAUUGGCGGUAUGGUGAGCCUUUGGUCUCUUGCCGUGAUUGCAUUUGAAAGAUGGCUGGUUAUCUGCAAGCCACUUGGCAACUUUGCCUUCAAAUCAGAGCAUGCUUUAUUCUUCUGUGCAUUGACUUGGUUCUUUGCUUCAUGUGCUGCAGUUCCUCCUCUGGUCGGCUGGAGUCGGUAUAUCCCAGAGGGCUUGCAGUGUUCCUGUGGACCAGACUGGUACACAACAGGCACCAAGUUCAACACUGAGUCUUUUGUGUUGUUCCUGUUCUGCUUCUGCUUUGCUGUCCCUUUCUCCUGCAUCGUUUUCUGCUACUCACAGCUGCUGUUCACAUUGAAAUCGGCAGCAAAGGCCCAGGCUGAGUCUGCCUCCACCCAAAAGGCAGAAAGAGAGGUCACAAGGAUGGUGAUCGUCAUGGUGCUGGGCUUUCUGGUGUGCUAUGUGCCAUAUACAUCCUUUGCUCUCUGGAUUGUCAACAACCGUGGCCAAACAUUUGACCUAAGACUUGCAACCAUACCAUCCUGCUUCUCUAAAGCCUCCACGGUCUACAAUCCUAUCAUUUAUGUCCUUCUUAACAAACAGUUCCGUUCGUGUAUGAGGAAGAUGCUGGGGAUGAGCGGAGGCGAUGAAGAGGAGUCAACAACGUCUCAAUCAGUCACUGAAGUUUCAAAAGUUGGACCCUCCUAGAUUUUCUUUAUCUGGUUGGAAUGAAAAUGGCACCAACAAAUUAUGAAAAUAUUGCAUUUUUACUGUUCUUAUAAAUAGGUUUUUGCAAAGAAAAAUGUAAAAAAAAAAGAAGAAAAGAAAAUGAUUUAUGCAAUGAAGUCAUUAAUUUUCUCAGUUAUUGUACAAAACAAAUUCCUUGUAUGAAAAACAAACACGUUUGUUUGUCUUGAACUCUGAGGUAAAGAUAUCCACCAUCUUUACUCGCUUCUUCAUUUCUGGACCACGGGGGUCACUGGUGCCCACGUUCAGCUAUCAC